AUGAAGCGACGACCUCGCGAGGUGCCAGUGACAAAACCUUCAGCCGUACAGAGCUACAUACCAAGCGUGCUAUUACGUUCCGAUGACCGUGAGAGUCAACGGACGUGGCUGCCAAACGAGCGAAAACCUGGUGCAUCAAAGCACUUGGCGUUGAAUCAAAAGCACGAUGUCAUGAAAAUCAAAGUCGACAUGAACGACUACUGUACUGAGGUUGAGGUGAAUAAGCUUCAAGCGCUAGAAGAAGAGGUUACAAUCUUAGAAAACACGAUGGAAAAGUUUAUCGAGGAAUUCUACAUGGCAGCAGCCAUGUUCACCGCACAAAAAACUGCACAGAAGACCCUUAUAGAUCGCCUCAAACGAGCACAUGUUUCGUCUCCUUUUGCUGAAACGUACAAGUGA